UGGUGGGGACGGCGAGGGACUGAAGUUUCACGGUUGUACAGCCUCGCGAUAUUCAAAAAAUGACGGUGCGUAGAGGAGGGAGUGUUUAGUUUCAGGGAGAAUGGAGUGGAUAAAGUCCGUCGCCUUCUUUCAAGGGACACGACACAAUACGCUGGACUUUUUGCUGUAAAAGGAACGAGUUGCGCGAGCCUCGGUCCCUCCCAAAGAAGCAAAGUGCGGGCCAAGCUGGCGCGAGAGGCUAUCGGUGGCGGUCGAAUUCAAGUCUGGGGCAGAGGACGUGGUGGGGUGUCGUGCAAUGUGAGCAGUGAAUGUCGCCCGCAAUGUCCACGAGCGCAUGUGUGGCCUCUGGUGAUGCACGUCGAAUGCUUGUUUGUCUUCACAUGUUGCAUCUCAUCACUGCAGGCCUGGCCACGGGAUCUAGAUGGUACGGGAGGCCUAACGCCUUUUGCCCUGGCCCCCAAGCCUGGCACAGUGGCGCAAAGAACGAGCCGUGGAAGCCCGCAUCAAGAUUGCGGAGCAUGCGGGCGUGGACUGGACUGGUUGUGCAACCGUUGAAGCAUCGAGGACGCGACCUCGGUAUGAUCACGAGGGUGCGAGGGGCUUCAACUUCGGGAUGCCAUCCCCUCCUGCAACCCGCUUCACGGCCGCAGUCCGGGGUUGUCCGCAUGACAAGCUGCGAUGUGGAGAGCGACCGGGGGUCCGCUCGGCGUUGCACAUGCAACAUGAAACACCAAUCACUGCUAUGCAAGAACUCUAGCCACACGGACGUCGCGACGAAAGUGACUUCAGCCUAGGUAUCUCUGCUCUCCAACCACCCAACCUUUUCCCUCAAGUCGAUCCGGCAACUCCGGCAGAGCCCUCUGCUGUCCCCGUCUUUUCCGCAUUUGCCGC